GCGCGUCGUCAGUCCGCACUCAUAUCGACGAGGGUGGUUAUUGUGGACGCGCGUGCGCAUAGGAACGGGAACUCGCGCGGGAAGAAACCGAUACAACUUCGCAACGACUUGUUUUGAAUUUAUUCAAACAAGUCACUAAAAUUACCCGAAGACAAGUAAUUUAAAAUUGAAAUCUCAAGAUGACUACUCUGCUGAGGAAAAUAUGGAAAAACCACUCGAAGCACAGAAAACUGUGUGAAGAGUGGGCCUUAGCUGAGUGCGAGGGAGAGGGCUGGUGGAGAGAGGCGCGCGAGUCAAGCAGUGGUCACAUGGACGUUAGAUAUGCGGGUGUAGCACCGGUGGAGCGGGCAUCGUCGGCUCCCGCUACCGCUCUUGCUGUGCGCUCUGCCUUACACUCCGCUAAAGCCUUCAACAAAAAGCUGCAAAGGGUGAACCUGGACAUCAGCUCCAAAGGCAUCGUCGUGAGUGACGCGGAGUCGCAGGAGAGUGUCCUGAGUAUCUCAAUUUAUAGGAUAUCGUACUGCUCAGCCGACGCCGCCAAUGCGAGGGUAUUCGCUGUGGUGGAGGGCAAGGCAGCCAACGGUGCCAGUGAAUCCCACGUGGUGCACGUAUUCGUCUGUGCAAGGCGGAAGCAGGCGCGCGCUCUGGCCCUGUCGCUUGCGCACGCGUUCAAUGACGCUUACCAGGCAUGGCAAGCUAACCAAGAAGGCUCACUGCAGUCAUCUGCCAUGCGCCUAGCACCUUGGGUGCGAUUCCCCGAAGAAUCAGACGAGGAAGCGGAUAGCGAGGAGUGGCAGUCGCCCGCUCCGCUCGUCACCUUCGCCUGAGCCUCAUGUAAAUCGACUGUUUCUAUUUUAAACUAAGCUUAUUUUAAGUUUGUAAUUAGUUAAUAUAAGAAAUGUAUGGAAGUUUUUUUGACUGUUAAAGGUUAAGUCACAAAGAGAUAUUUUAAGUAGAUAAGUUUUCGGUCGCAAAAUUGCAAUAGUUUAAAGUUAAAAAGCUAUAUUUGUACGAGUUAUGUCUGUUUUAAAGUUAUUAGCAAAAAGGACAACAGAAGAAAU